UGCAUUAUACAAUAUGCACAAUAUAACUCAUAAAUGUUAUCUGUGUUUCCUAAAACAGAUGUAUGCCAUAUAGAUUGUUCUUUUGAUGUGAACUUGUGUAACUGGAAACAAUCAACGAGUGAUAACAUGGACUGGAUACACUGGAAUGGCUCAACCCCUUCCGAUUUUACUGGACCAUCAUUUGACCACACAACAGGAUAUGGCUACUAUCUAUACAUUAAUGGACAGGAUUCAGAAGAGGGAGACUUUGCAAGAUUGGAGAGUCCUGCAAAUUGUUUCACUGGAACUCAUUGCUUACAGUUUUGGUAUCACAUGUAUGGAGCAGCAAAAUACAUGAUGCUGAGGGUGUCAGUACUAAGAGAUUAUGGUUUGGAAGAUGUCUUCACUAUAGAAGGAGAUCAUGGGGACAUGUGGUAUUUAGAGAAGAUUUUCCUACCUGAAAGUGAUAUUAUCCAGAUUUUCAUUGAUGGUGUCAGAGGUGAAGAUUUCCGCAGUGAUGUUGCUAUAGAUGAUAUUUCUUUUUACCCAGGAUAUUGUACUGCAGCAACAACUACCACCACCACCACGACUGUAACUACAAAACCGACAGGUUCUACUGUGUCAUCAACUAAAACCACAUCAUCACCAGUGUUUGUCCUAAACAAUGUGGCUAUAUCAAUUCUGACAGCCUGCUCAUUUGACUUUCUCCAUAAAUGA